CCGUGCUCCGGAGUUCGUACGUAUACGCGCAACCGGAGGCGACGGGCGGACAGCAACGGACGGAUUGUUGUGACGGUUGGAACGUGCCGCGCGGUAAGUCGUCCGGGUCGCCCGUAGCCAGCGAGUCGCAUCUCCGCGUCACGCAGUCGUGAUCCAUCUGUCCGUCUGUUUCCCGUUUCUCUCGGUCGACUCGGUUCUGCAGAAGGUCUCUCUCCCACCUACCACGAUGAGCGACGAAGGAUUUGACCCGUGCGAGUGCAUGUGGAAUCAAAUGUCCGUGCAACAUCUACUUUCUAUCUUACGACAAUCGCAGAAUUAUUGUUCGGAUACCGAAUGCUUCAGCGUAUCAAGAAUUCCAGGACCGCAGACAAAUAUUCGGGAACCUUUAGACUUCAUCUUCACUUGCUUAAUUAUUGGCUUUCUCGUUCUUAUGUAUGCAUUUCGACCCAGAUCUUUGCGACAAUCGACCAGGAACGUUAUCAAGAGCAACAAUGAGCCAGGAUCACAUGGGGAUGGUCCGCCUUCGCCGCCGAUGAUGAAUUAAACAAUCUCACGAGGCUUUUGUUCAAGGUUUUAUAUAUCAUCUGUGCUCUAAACUUAUAACAGAAAUAAGAGAAGUUAUGGUAUUUGGAUGUUAGUAAACAUAAUAUAUGCGUCAAUAGAACAUAUCAGUUUGAUUUUUGAGACGUAACUUUCUUAUUAUAUCGGUAAUCGCAAUUUUACACGACAUAAUGCGCGCAUGCGUAUUUUCCUUCCCUUUAAAAAUUCAUAUCAUUAUGUGCCUAGACUAUGUAUACAUAUAAAUAUUUUGUCCAAAAGGUAAUAGUGAAGUUCAACGGUUACAUAACUAACAUAAGGUCUUUAGCGUUUUGACGUGUUCGUUUCUCGAAACAGCGGAUAACAGCGAUUUGCAAUUAAUAAAACGUUAAGAACUCAUUCAUGCGCGAUAAGAGUGUGUUGUACGCGCGAAUAUAAUUUAAACUCUUUACUGUAAAAACGAUAAAAAAAAUGAAGUACCUGCGUAAACGAAUAGUCACUUAAUAGUAUUAUUUGCUUGGUAUUUAUAUUUAAAAAAUUAUAACAUCCAAAAUGUAUUCAGAAUCAAAUGACAAAAAGUAAUUUAUUUACAUAAAGAAUCUUCCACGUAUAAUUAUCGAAUAUAUUAUUAUCUGCUGUACAAAAUGCAACGAUAAUAAAUUAAUGUAUGAUAUUUCAGAAA